UCUAUGCAUACAGCCAGUGAUUUGCUGGGAUUUUUGGAUUAUUAAGAAAUGAGCUUUGCUGCUUUCUUACAGAGAUUUUAGAAGCAAAUUAUCCAAGAUUGGUGCAGAGUGGAUCAAUGGAUUCCAGAAUUCCCCAUAGCAUCACGGUGGUGCCCAGUGCAGUUAUGGUACAACCCCUUCUAGACGGCCGCGUCCCUUAUGGAAGGUUGCAGCACCCAUUGACUAUCUUGCCUAUUGACCAGAUGAAGACCACCCAUCUUGAAAAUGACUAUAUUGAUAACCCAACUCUUAAUCAGCUGACGAAUCAGAAGAUCAGCAGAGGACUCCAUGAACCUAUGCUCAUCAAUCAGCACCUACAAAGGUGUGAAGCUGACAAUACACACCCUUGGAUAUCGUUCAGUGGACGACCAAGUUCCAUAAGCAGCAGCAGUAGCACAUCCUCCGAUCAGAGGCUCUUGGAUCACAUGGCCCCACCACCAGUUGUGGAUCAGUCCCCACCUCGGGCAGUGAGGAUACAGCCUAAAGUGAUUAACUGUAAGCCUCAGGAUGUCAAGGGACAGAUCGCUCAGGAACUUGACAAACAUUUCUUACUCUGUGAGGCUUGUGGUAAAUGUAAAUGCAAGGAUUGUACUACCCCUCGGACCUUGCCUUCAUGUUGGGUUUGCAACCAGGAGUACCUGUGUUCUGCACAAAAUCUUGUCAACUAUUCCACCUGCAUGUGUCUCGUCAAAGGGGUCUUCUACCACUGCACAAAUGAAGAUGAUGAGGGCUCCUGUGCAGAUCAUCCAUGCUCUUGCUCCCAAUCAAAUUGCUGUGCACGCUGGUCUUUCAUGGGAGCCAUGUCCUUGGUCCUUCCUUGCUUACUUUGCUAUCUUCCAGCCACAGGUUGUGUUAAGCUCUCCCAGAAAUGCUAUGACCAAGCAAGCCGGCCUGGUUGUCGGUGUAAAAACACAAACAGUGUCAUCUGCAAAGCACCAGAUGCAGUGGGCAGACAAGAAAAGCCAUUUUGAUUAAUGUACUGUGUAAUCGUACUUUAUGAACUAUGCUAUAAGAAUGCACCGCUCAUGAUGAGAAAGGAGAGGAAAAAAAAACCCACAGUAGGCAGGAUGUCACCUGAGGCUUUAAACUAGCAUUUCCUGAGGGUAUUUGGCAACAAUUUACUAUUCUAGAGACAAAAAGCAGGAAAUGCAUUUGUGUAGUGUUGCUGUGAACCAUCUUCAAAUCCUGUGUUAAAGAUGUGCGUGCUAACUAAUGAACAGAGACAUCGCUAGACAGCCAUAGGAAUUUUCCUGACACUACCGUUGGUAUUGUAACUACAUCUGCCACUGGUAGCAAUUUGGUUAAAGAGACAGCCGUGUUUUUGUUAUUCUUCACUUAGCGUGGAAGAGUGCCAACUCUCGUUCUUCCGAACAUAGCAGUGUCUUUGUUUUUAAACUGAAGGUUCACAGCUCAUUAACAACAUUGUUACUGUUUUAUUGUUCUAUCAAGAAUUUUUUUUGGGUUGUCCUUUAUUUUUUUUUUAUUCAUCUUAAAAACUUUAUUUGGUUUUCAGCUGGUGAUGGUUAAGGUUAGGGUUUCAGUCAACCUUUUGUGACGUGGUAAAAGUAGGGUUUCAAUCACCACUGGUAAGAGGAAAGUGUCUUGCAUCCCUUUCCGUUUGCUAUUCUAGUGGUAUACAACUCCAAGCCUUGAUGGCAGCUCACAGGCCUAGAUUUUUUUGAUAUCUCUAUAUUAAGGCAAGUUAGCCACUUUACAUUUAUGUAACUCAUAUGUGUUUUUUUUAGAAAGUACAUAUAGGUCUAUGUGUGGCUCUCGAAGCAUGGAGUUGAGAACUUCUGUGGUGUAUGUUCAUAUCCAUCCACUGUCCACUUUCUUAUCCAAAUCGAGCCCUCUAUUUUUUUCAGAACUCUAUAGUAAUGAAGACUUAGUAAUGCUUUCUUGAAUUCUAAGCGCCUUACCUAUUGAAUAAUUGAUAAUUUAUUAUCAUUUCCAGCUCUGAUUACCAGCCUAUUUAAACAGG